GUGUGCUGCUGCUGGUGCUGCUGCUGGUGUGUGGUCUUUCCCUGUAUUUUUUUUUGGGAGGGGGGGGAUUGGAUGGAUGGAUUAAUCUGACGGAGGAGAGUGGUAUGUGACUCCCACUCCUCCCCGGCCGAGGGCACCCGAAUGGAGUAACAGGCUGCAAUGUCAUCUCCACCUGGCCGCCUGGAGAGAUGUGUCACGGGAAUGGGAUCAAGUUUGAACACUUUUCCUCUGGUUUCAUUGACGCAGUGAGAAGGAACAGAAAUGCCAGUGAGCAGCGGACAGGUCACGGUGGCUGCGCGCACGGGCGCACGCACCGCGGCACCAGAGCGCAGCAUUCGUUCUCGCACGGACUCCGCAGAAGAAGGCGCAAAACCCCCGCCACCGCAAACCCGCAGCUGCCGCGCUUUGUGACACCGAAGGGUAUGAUGGGUGUAGUGGGCUGGAUUUUACUCCUACUCUCCCAAAUGAUGGUGCCUGUGGCGUCCCAGAAGCCUCCAGGGCUCAACGUGGGUGUGAUCAUGGGCCAGACGCGCCCCAUCUCCGAUCAGGAGUUCCAGCCGGCGCGGCGCCCCGAUGAUGCCCUUGACGUCUCCGUGGUGUCACUGAGGAUCAACGAGACUGACCCCAAGUCUGUGAUUACGCAGGUGUGUGAGCUUCUGUCACGCACUCGUCUCCACGGCAUUGUGUUCGCCGAUGGCACCGAUCAGGAGGCCAUUGCCCAGAUCCUUGACUUCCUGUCCGUUCAGACCCAGCUUCCAGUUCUGGGAGUCCACGGAGGCUCCUCGAUGAUAAUGGCUGACAAGGAUGAGAAGUCCACGUUCUUCCAGUUCGGCGCCGCUCUGCAGCAGGAGGCCCUGCUCAUGCUCUCCAUCAUGGAGGAGUACGACUGGCACAUUUUUUCUAUCGUCACAUCAAAGUUCCCCGGGUACCAGGAUUUCAUCAGCACGCUGAAGACAACUGUGGAUCACAGCUUUGUGCGCUGGGACCUGCAGAGUGUGGUGACGCUCGACGCUAUAGAUGGAGACCCAAACUCUAAAUCACACAUCGCCCUCAAGAGGAUCCAGAGUCCUGUUAUACUGCUGUACUGCUCCAAGGAUGAGGCUUUGUAUAUAAUGGAGGAAGCUCGCUCUCUGGGUCUCAUAGGAGCCGGUUACAUCUGGAUCGUGUCCAGUCUCACCACUGGCAACCCAGACUUUACCCCCGAGGUGUUUCCCUUGGGGAUGAUUUCCGUGUCCUACGAUGACUGGGAGUAUCCACUGGAGACCCGGGUCCGGGAUGGUGUGGGAAUCAUUACCACUGCAGCUACUUCCAUGCUGCGGGAGAAAGGGGAGCUGCCAGAGGCCCAAGGCAGCUGCUACAGCACAGCAUCCGACCGAAGCCCGGGGAAGCUCCCACCUAGUGCCCUGCGCAGACACAUGAUGCAUGUGUGGAACGAAGGGCGAGACUUAUCGUUCACUCCAGAUGGUUACCAGGCAAACCCCAAAUUGGUUGUCAUCGUCCUGAACAGUGAGAGGACGUGGGAGAAGAUGGGCCGCUGGGAGAACGGGACUCUGUCUCUGAUGUUCCCCGUGUGGCCGCGGUACAACUGCCACGGGGACGAGGACGCAGACGAGAACCACCUCUCCAUCGUCACCCUGGAGGAGAAGCCUUUCGUCAUCGUGGACAACGUGGACAUCCUCACCGGCACCUGCAUGAGGAACUCGGUGCCCUGCCGCAAACACGUCAAAGAUAACAGCACGGUGGGCGGCGGCUCCUACAUCAAGCAGUGCUGCAAGGGCUUCUGCAUCGACAUCCUGAAGAAGAUAGCGAGGAACGUCAAGUUCACGUACGACCUCUACCUGGUCAACAACGGCAAACACGGCAAGAAGAUCAACAACGUGUGGAACGGCAUGGUUGGAGAGGUGGUGUACAAGAAGGCCGUGAUGGCAGUGGGUUCGUUGACCAUCAACGAGGAGCGGUCGGAGGCCAUCGACUUCUCCGUGCCCUUUGUGGAGACGGGCAUCAGUGUCAUGGUGUCUCGUAGCAAUGGCACCGUCUCCCCCUCCGCCUUCCUCGAGCCCUUCAGCGCGUCGGUGUGGGUGAUGAUGUUUGUGAUGCUGCUCAUCGUCACGGCCAUCGCCGUCUUCCUCUUUGAGUUUGUCAGUCCGCUGGGCUUCAACCGCAACUUGGCCCAGGGCAAAGACCCACACGGUCCAUCGUUCACCAUCGGUAAGGCCGUAUGGCUGCUCUGGGGUCUGGUGUUCAACAACUCCGUGCCCGUGCAGAACCCAAAGGGCACCACCAGUAAGGUCAUCGUGUCGGUGUGGGCCUUCUUCGCCGUCAUCUUCCUGGCCUCCUACACUGCCAACCUGGCCGCCUUCAUGAUCCAGGAGGAGUUUGUGGACCAAGUCACCGGACUGUCAGACAAGAAGUUCCAGAGCCCGUACUCCUACUCCCCUCCAUUUCGCUUCGGGACCGUUCCGAACGGCAGCACCGAGCGAAACAUCAGGAAGAACUACCCCGAUAUGCAUCAGUACAUGACCAAAUAUCACCAGACCGGCGUCCAGGAUGCACUAGUCAGCCUUAAGACCGGGAAGCUGGACGCCUUCAUCUACGACGCUGCCGUGCUGAACUACAUGGCCGGCAGAGACGACGGCUGUAAGCUCGUGACCAUCGGCAGCGGCUACAUCUUCGCCACCACUGGUUACGGCAUCGCUCUGCAGAAAGGAAGCUACUGGAAACGGCUGGUCGAUCUGGCCAUACUGGGCAUCAUCGGAGACGGUGAGAUGGAGGAGCUGGAGGCCCAGUGGCUGACGGGGAUCUGCCACAGUGAGAAGAACGAGGUGAUGUCCAGCCAGUUGGACGUGGACAACAUGGCAGGGGUUUUCUACAUGCUGGCCACGGCCAUGGGCCUCGCCAUCCUCACCUUCAUCUCCGAACACCUUUUCUACUGGAGGCUGCGGUACUGCUUCACUGGCGUCUGCACCGGGAGGCCGGGUCUGCUCUUCACCAUCAGCAGGGGUAUAUGGAGCUGUAUCCAUGGAGUUCACAUCGACAUGAAGAAGAAGGCCCCUGAGCUGGGCUUCAGUCCUCAAGCCAACAUGCUGCACCUGCUCAAGUCUGCCAAGUCCAUGGCUCUGUCUUCUCCCAAACGCAACACAGUCCUCCUGCAGCCCAGCAUCCUCGACAUGAUGAAAGGUAACUCACUCCAGCCUCCGAAGGGUCCUGGUCUCUAUAGCAACGCCGCCGGUCCACAGGGUUUCCUGUCAUUGUCCGGGCGACACAAAAACCUCCUUAACAAUGCGACACCGUUUCCUGUGCAACAAAAAUCCCCCGCUCUCCAGACAAGCCCCAACAAGCCUCAACUGUCCAUCGACAACGACAACGGUAAGGCCCGCCCCCCCGGGCCGGCGGUCGCCGCCUCGAAGCCUCGAGCUCUGUGGAAGAAAAGUGUCGAGACGCUGAAGACGCAGCCCACCGUCGUGCCUCCUGGCGCGAGCGCGAGCCCCACCCCAGCCGCUGGAGCUGGACCUCCACCGAUGAAGAGCCAGCGUUACCUUCCCGAGGAGCCGCCGCACUCGGACAUCUCCGAGUGCUCCAGCCGGCCGCAGUCGCACAAAGAUUCUGACUCCAUGGUGGCGAGGGGCGGAUUUAAACCUGUCAAUCAGCUGAGGAAGAGGGGAGGAGGUGGAGGAGGCGGGAGCGUAGGAUCCAAGAUCUACUCCAUUGACUCUGACCAGGGCAGCCUCCAGUCGGCCCCCCCCUACCAGCGAGACAGCCAGGGGGGAAGUGACGAGCGCAGUUACCCCCCUGACCUGUUUCCACCCGACAACACGUACCCAGUCACUCACACACACUCCCACCAGGGGGACGCACCCAUUCUGCAGCUGAGCGCCACCCUGCUGCAUCACAGUCACAGCGCCGAGGCCGACCUGCACUCCCUGAAGGACAAGAAGUACAGCACCUACACACACAGCAGUUCCAAGGACAAGUCUGGAGGUUCGUUCGAGGCUCCAGGUGCAGGCACGGGGACACAAGGCAUCCGGCCGGGUCACUGUCGCUCCUGCCUGACCAAGCUGAGCGGUUACUCCGGCCUCUACACCGUUCGCUCGCCUCAGGCUCGAUGUGACGCCUGCGCCCACCUGGGAAACCUGUACGACAUCAGCGAAGACCACUUCCACUCGCACUACGCCCACACACAAACUCACCCACACAGCGGGGACAUGUUUACACACUACCUACCCCAGAGCGAGCUGGGCCUGGUGGGUGAAGGGGACGGGCUCGUCAGCCACUUCGAGCCCUCUCCGCCCUCUCCAUCUCCGCUCCCCUCCUCCGCGUCGGCCCAGCACCUCCAGCUGAGUCGUCAGCACUCCUAUGAGAACAUGAUUCCCGACAGCGUUCCGGAGCGUCAGUCGCAGGCGCACGCCCACCUGCGGGGGCUGAGCCUGCCCGACAGAGACAGGGAGCGGGAGAUGAUGCUGGACGAGGGGGCCUAUGCUAAUGUUCUCACAAUGCGCUCUGAUCGACCGUUUAGCAGCCGCAGCCCCCCCUCUCCGUCACCCUCCCACCAUCACAGUCUGGACACCCCCAUGCCCCUGCCCCGGCGCUCGAAGAGUCUCUUCCCCGAUCGGCCGUCUCACAACCCUUUCCUCCAGUCGGCCCCCGGCACGACACAACGAGAGCCCGCCCCCCAGGCUGCAUCACGCAUGCCACAGAGAAAUUCUGCCCACGAGCUCUACAAGCAACGGAUGCCGCUGUCGCUUACCCUGGGGAACCACGGCAGUCAUCACGUCAACCACCAUGGCGGCCAUGUUGACCAACAAUUGUUCUACCCCCAGCAGGAGCCCCCCGUGGUGGCGUACAUGGUCCCGCCUGCUGCCUCUCAGCCAAUGAGCUACGUGACGGCCCCCCGAGCCUCGAGCGCGGGGGGCAACCGGCCCCGGCUCUAUCGCCGCAUGCCCAGCAUCGAGUCGGACGUCUGAGGGUCACACACAGCACACGUACUCUCACCAACACACACGCAUGCAGGACAGAGGUGUGUGUGUGUGUGUGUGAUAGGACCGGGAAGCUCUGACUCUAAGCACACAUACAGAAACACACACACAGACACACACACACACAGGUGAAAGACGGGAAGGUCUGCGCCGGACUCAGAGGUUAAUGGUGAAGUUGAGUAAAUAAAUGAUUUGUUUCUUUAUCGCACCCUCUAUAGGGCAGGGUUGUGGCCACAGGGACACCUGGAGGCACAAUACAAGAUGAAGAGUGCGUGUGUGAGUUUCAGUGUGUGUAGUCGCCUCGAGCUGUGGGCAACGAGGCAAAGACUGACAGUACGUCUGACAAGACAGAUUCGAAUCCUGGUGGAAUAAGAAAGACACUGUGCACGGAGUCCAGCGGCGACAGUGGGACGUGAUGGAGUGUUUGGAAGAAAUUCCGACCUGUCCUGUCCCCCCCCCCCUCUCACCAGCCUCUCGGAGAUGAUAGGGACACAGUGAACCCCUUUCUUUCUGAGAAAACACACACAUGCACACACACAUUCCACCCGAAACACACACCCGCCCCUCUCCAGGACUCUCCUGUUGCACUAUGAUUUCCACGGUCAACCCUGUAUGUUGUCUGAGCCUCCAAACUGCACUGCCGGCAUGGCUUAAAGAGUAGUUCACUACACUAGAGUAAUCCUCGACGUGAAUGGAAAUGACUAUCUAUGUAAUAGACUCGACUGGGAGACGGGCAGCUGGUCCGGACACAGGUCUGAGUGUGUCAGCUCCUGCCCGUAGAUGUACAAACACUGGAACACACACACACUGUGUCAGUUUUUUGGGGGGAAGAGUAAAAAAUACAAAAAACAACAACCAACGACUGUUUGUUUUUGUUGAUGUCAGUUAAAGGAACAUUCCAAAAAGUGGACCAAAAAGUGUCCGCCAGUAAAACGCCUCUCAGGAUGAGAGUGUGUGUUCUAGUGUUUCUAGAUCUAGACAUUCAGUAUAGCAUUGUUGCUUCCUCUCUUAGCUAGCCUUCAGGUCAUACUGCAUGCUUCCUACUGCCCUGUGUUACAGUUAAACUCCUAUACAGGGUCAUAUGUGCACACACACACUCACAAACACACACACAUAUAUAUGCACACACACACAAACAUGCACAUACGCAGUAGUCUAAGAUAGUAGUUUAGGGUGGGUGUGUGUCGGUUGAGGCUAUGAGAUAGCUUCAUCUAUUUGUGCACUUUGUAGAUUUUAUACCCUGCCACCUAACACAGACGUUUGACCAAAAACACUUUUAUACUGGAAGAUAUGAAUAUUCUCAGUCAUUCGCUGAAUAGAUGUUUUUCUUUUCUCUUAUUUCUCUCGGACAUUUGGGUUUUAGGGGCCCAGUUCUGUCACUUUCCAUUGUGAGGUCAGAAGUUCUACAGUGUUAGAUAAUGGGUACAGCAUCAUACAGUAUACACGACACCGACUCUUAAUCUUUCUCCUCUUUUUAAAACCUUUUCUGUGCUCAUCUGUCGUUCUAGCCUCUCCCUCCUUUUCCUUUUCCUUUUUUGUGCUCCUCCCCCUCGCUUCUUUCUAUAGAGUAGAUUGAGUAUCAGAAGAGUAAAAGUUCAGUCGUGGUGUUUAAAUACUCAACAUAUUGUUGGAAAUCACUUAAUAUCACUAGUUGUAAGAAUUCCUCUGAUUCAACAGCGGCUGUCGUAGGAUGCAGAACUUUUUUACUAAUUACUUUCUAUGUCGAGCAAAGAAAAAUAAAAAAACCAAGGCCCAUUUUAAUGGGUGAAUCUAGAGGCUGAGUGCAUCACUGUUGCAGUUUUACUCAUCAAAUUAAUAUUCCUAGACAAGUGCCAGAGCAGCUGAUACUUGUGUGGCACUGAGUUCCAGCAAAGCGAGUCAUGUGGCAUCGCAGAGAGUUAGCGAAGUGACUCCUUACAGAGGCAACACACUCACACACACACACAUACAGACACACAUACACACUUGACAAGCUAGCAAUGUGUGUAUGAGUGUUCUAGAAAUCCAUAAUCUACUCAGUAAGGGCAUUGAUUUUUGAGCACAUGGAUUUUGAUGGAAAGGGGACUUGAUUUCCCUUUAGCUGUGCAUCUGUCUCUAUUCUCUUUCCUUCUAUUUUCUAUUCUCUCUCUUACACACUCACGCAGAGACACACACAUAUAAAUACACACAUACGUAUAUCUAUAUAUAUGGCUGCAAGGAACGCAAGACGGUUUGAAACAAAAAAAAAACGCACCUUUGAACGGUGACCGCUGCCCCUCUUUUCGGUGAUCUUAACAGGUGUGGUGUGUGAGUUAUAUGCACAAUAUCAGGUUGCAAUAUUAUACUUCUGUACAGAGAAAUCUUUGUUUUUCAAUGUUAGAAACUGAUUUCCUUUGUUUGAUUUGAAUGGUAUUAAGUAUUGAAUUCAUUUCAGAAACAACGUGGCUUUUUAUUCUGCUUCUUUAGAGAAAAAACUAAAAAAAAGAAAAAAGACUGGCAUGAUUUUAGAUUCUCGUGUGACUUUUAUUUUUGAUUUUAUUUAUUUGUUUCCUCUGGUGUGUUGUUGGUUGGUUGGGACCUCACUGUACAGUCCUCACUGCUGGUUAACGAGACUAGUCAACGACCGCUCCGCUCACUAGCCACUCGUUAGCCGGGUCUCUCAUCCCAAUCACACUCAAUGAAUAAUGAUAGUCCAGCCUGUGCGGCUAAAACCAACCCCCUCCCACUCACAUAGUUCUCUUCCACUACGAGUCUGUGCUGUAUCACCUCUGAGUGUGUGUGUGUGUGUUUGUGUGUGAGAGAGAGAUAAAGUGUGUGCAUGCAUGAGUUUUACACCAUGCAAGCAUUUAUAUAAGACAGUGGAUGACAUGUGUAUUUUGAGGUUGUUUGCGGUGUGUGUGUGUGUGAGUGUGUAUGUGUGUGUGUGUGUGUUUGUGUGUACUUUUCUGUUCUCUCUUCCCUUCAUCCCACACAUAACAUUUGACCUGGCUCUUACUCAUAACACACAAAUACAGUCUCACAAAACACACACACAAACAUAUAUAUAUAUAUAUAUACACACGCACGCACACACACACAUUGCGUCUGUACUGUUGUGGUUAAGACAGUGUGUAGAUCGAGUUUCGUACGUCCACCAUCAAAGAGAUUUUUACACCAACCUUUAGUUUUUACUUUCGGAAUUUUUUAUUUUAAAUUGCAUGACGUGCUCGUGUUUCUGGUGGUACCUAUUUUGCUGCAGCACCUGAGUUCUCCCUGAUUUAGACCUACUGGGCUACAUGUACCAACGUCCCCCUCCACCCUGGUUAGUGCACCGUGUAAGACAUGGGGGGGGCCCCUGGAUUAUUACACCCCCCCAGCCCCAGCAUAGUCCCGGCCGCCGACAGGGAGCAUAAGGUUAAUGUUCCCGUCCGGGCUCAGCUCACUUCCUCCUUUGUCCCGAGUGUACACACACAUGUUCAUUUAUCGCUGGGUGGAUGGUGUGCGUUGGUGUUUAGUCCUCUGGGUCUCCCUGCUGUUUAUCUCACUUAUGUAUAAGUUCAGGGGUUUCUAAGCUACUAGUUGUGUUGUAAAUACUACCUUGUCACUCAGUACCUCUGUACAAUCUGUAAAUAAGUAAAGGUUACAUUUUUCUA